CGCGCGGGCGGUUGUGCCGGCGAUGGCGGCGAUGGCGGUGAUGGGGAUCGGGAUCGGGGCUGAGGCCGGGGCCGAACCCGGGGAAGGGCUGGCGCGGCUGCCGGAGCUCUGCAACCGCCGGCUGGCCGAAGUGCUGCGGCGGGUGGACAGCGUCGACCUGGUGUGGCUGCGGGAGAUCCGCGAGGAGGCGGCCCUUAUGUUCGGCAGCCGCUGCAGCAAUGAGCCCGAGCUGAUGCCCAAGACGCCGUCGCAGAAGAAGAGGCAGCGGAGGAAGCGACCGUCCAACCUGCGGGAGGAGGGCUGGGAGGCGGGCAGGAAGAGAUUAUCCAGAAGGAAGAACAGCAGCCUCAAGGUGGUGUCCUCCACGCGACGUUCCCAACGAUUCCAGAAUAAGGAGAACCUGGAACCAGCUGGGGCUGGGGUCACUCAAGACUCUCCACCUCAACGUGUGACAAGAUCCCAGGCUGCGACAGCCAAAAGAUCCGAGGCCCUUCCUGAGAUGCCUCCUGCCCAGCGAGUAGUAGGAAAGAUUCUCUUGGUCGGAGUCGGUGCCAGUGAUCGCGUCAGCGCUGAGCUGCACCUCCAGAAGAGUGCAGCCAAACCAGCGGAGCUGCCGUCCACCUCCAUCCUGAGCUUGAACGAUGCCUCUCCCAGGGAAAGUAGAGCUGCUGCGUCUCCGCCAGUGACACCAAAGGCUGCUGAUGCUACCUUCGUUCUAAGCGAAGAGCCUGGGUGCGAGGUGGUGGGCAGCUCUGCUCCAGUCCAGGAGCUUCCCCAGCACCUCAGGGACAGCCCCAGAACUCCGACCAGCUCCCGGCUGAGCCGGCGCUCCGUGCGCAGAAGCCUGUUGGGUAAAACGUCUGUGAUUCACCGAACCUCCUUGGCAGAGAAGUACUCGCUGGCCAGCAAGAGGGAGAGUAUGAUUCGGAAAUCCAUUGCCCGGACAAUGGCCAAGAGGAAGGCGGCACAGAAGUUAUCCGUGUCCGCCGGGCAUGCAGAUGCCCCCAGCUCUGGAGAGGUGCUGGAGCAUGAGGAAGCAGUUUCCGAAACCAAGCCUUCUCCUGGACCGUGUACGCCCUCCAAGUCGAGUCCCCAAAGUCCGCGAAUGUCGCUUCGCUCUCGAACCAUCACCCAAAAUGACCAGCCGGCAAGCAGCAAUGAAAGCGACACAAAUAAGAAUGAAGAAACCCUGGAACCACCCCAGAGCGCCAGGAGGAAGCCAAGCUACAAGAGAGCCGUGGACAAAUGCUAUGACAAUCAGCAGGCAGUGGAUGGAGGGCUCUCUCCUCUGAGAAGGAAGACUCUGUCCCCUGUCUUUCCAGCCAGCAAGGUUGUGCGUCCUUUCAAAACGUUCCUGCACACUGUGCAGAAGAACCAACUCCUCAUGACGCCGAGCUCUGUGGGGAGGAAUGGAGUAAUAAAGUCUUUUAUCCGAUACAACACUCCUGUCCGAUCUGAUCCCAAGGAAAAGGAGAGGCAGAAGCUGGAGACUCUGCGGAGAAAGCAAGAAGCUGAGCAGCUGAGGAAAGAAAAACUGGAGGAGGAGAAGAAACGGCGACUGGAAGAGGCCAAGCUGAAGCGUGAGGAGCGCCUGCGCAAAGUGCUGCAAGCUCGGGAACGGGCAGAGCAACUGGAGGAGGAGAGGAAGAAGCGCAUAGAGCAGAAGAUAGCUCUGUUUGAGAAGAGCGAGAAGGUGCGGGAAGAAAGGCUGGCAGAAGAGAUCAAAAAGAAAGCAGCGGCCAAGAAGAGGGAAGAAGCGGAGGCCCGGCGCAGGCAGGAGGAGGAGGCCAGGAAGCAGAGAGCACUGCAGCAGGAAGAAGAGGAGCGUCGGCGCAGAGAGCUGAUGCAGAAGAGAAAGGAAGAGGAGCAGGAACGUGCUAGGAAGAUUGCUGAGCACAGACGGGCAGAACAGGAGCGAGAGAAGCGGCUGGCUGCCGAGAGAGACCUGGAGAGGAAGAAGGAGCAGGAGAGGAUCCAGGCAGAGAAGCUGCGGGAACAGCAGGAGAAGUCUGCUCACCUGCAGAAGGAAGUGUUGGCUAAAGAACAGCUCCAGAAGGAGACGAAGAAGAAAGAAGAGGAGCAGCAGAGGCUGGCAGAGCUGAAGAGGCAGGAGCAGAAGGCGCUGUCAGAGGAGCAAAAGGCUAAGGAGAGAGAACAGCACCUGGAAAGCAAGGAGAAUUUGCCUGCAUGCACCUCGUACCAGAUGACUCCGCAGGCCCCGAAGGAGCCAAAGCCCACCAUGGAAAAUCCCAACAACUAUGGGCUGGACCUGAACAGCGAUGACUCCACGGAUGAUGAAAGCCACCCUCGCAAGCCCAUCCCUGCCUGGGCCAGUGGAAACCUGCUCAGCCAGGCCGUGAUCCGCCAGUACUACAACCCGCCCAACAUUGACGAGCUCUUUGGGGCGAUUGCCAGCCCCAAGCUGGAGGACAUCUUCUACAAAAACAAACCACGCUACUUCAAGCGCACCAGCUCUGCCGUCUGGAAUUCCCCACCCUUCCCGGGCACCAAGAUGGCGCUGGGGCUGCCAUAUGGCCUGAAGAAGCACUGAGGGGCCACGCUGUUCCUUGUUGAGCGUCUCUGUCUUGUGAGUGCGUGCUCCCAUCUCUCUAGGGGAGAAAAGAGCCACCGUUUGGCAUCUGUAAAGCUGUAGGUAUUGGCA